CCAGUAUUGCCUAAUUUUAAGUAAAGGAUGUCCAGAUUGCAGUUUCUGUGAGGAAGGCUCCUGUGUCUCCAGCAAUGUUCCAUCUGGCUAUGGCAAGUUUCUGGCUAUUGCUUAUAAUACAGGAUAUAGUUGCUUUCAUCUAUGAUAUGGAAUCCCUCACUCAUGUGACCCUGUAUUGUGGAAUGUACUAUCUGCCUUCAAAGAAGUACUCAGAGGCUGAUCACUAGUCUUUUCUACACAAAGUCUUUGAUUUUGAACUUGGC